AUGGAACAGCUGUUGGAUUCUGGGUUCGAAGCUUUAGCAUUCAACUGUAUAAGUUUCGGGAUUUUCACCAUUGUUAACAAUGUAUGGACGUGGGUCGCCGCUAUCACCGCUGCCAUUACUUUUUGGAGGAUCAGAGCCGCCGGCGUCGCCUCCUCGUCACGUUCCUUUACCAAACCCAACCUGAAACCGUGGUCUACGUCCAUAAUCGAUCGUGCCGGAGAUGACCCAAAGCCGACCCUUUUUCCAUCAGCUCUGGUUUCGGCUCCAGCCGUAGUUACGGGAACGAUCAGUGGUUCGCCGUCAGUUUGCGAUGAUAUUAGAGUGUCGACAACUAAAGGAGAGAAGUUCAAGUUGAGCGUUUACUGUGACGGAGAGAGUAACGACGUCGACGGCGAAAUGACGGUGAGGGGACGGAGUUGCGGCGGGGAGUGGUGGGAGAGUUGGGAAAGAGUCUUCAGAGUGAGAAAAGGGGAAAGGGGUUGGUACCGUUAUCAGGAUUUAACGGCGAUUAACGGCAACGUUGUUAGGUUAUGGGAUGAUAAAUUGAUAAUGAAGAAUCUACGGCAAUAA